AUGAGCCGGGAUGACUUCACUCCACGGGGCCUUUCCGACCCGGAGUCCCAUCUUGAUCUUGCCGGCCAACGUCAGCGACCUCAGUUUGAUGCUGGCACUGGGUCGGAGCCAGUUGCACCGUCACUAAAUCAACAAGAUCUAAAUGUUACUCUCAAUGCCGCUGUCGAGGUCGAUAUGCUGCGGCACAAGCUCCGUGCCCUCGAGAAUCUUGUUGAACUUUACGGCAUUUCUUCGCGCAUCCCUCUGCUUUCCGAAGCUGAAGAGGCGCGGGCCCUCCAGUAUCGUUGCGAAUGCCUUGAGGCUGCAUGCAAGCAACAGAAAAUGGACGUUGCCCGCACUCUAAAAAACUCACCCCCGUUUUCUCCAUUACCACAAGGAUACCCAUCAUGGCUCGACCAUCAUCUGACGCAUCAUGAUCGAGUAGCUCGCUCUUUACCUCAAACAGACUCUACUUCAACUAUCAACACUUUGAAGGCGCCUUUUAAAUGUUCGUAUGAACAAUGCAUCCACUAUGUAUAUGGAUUUCCGACCCAGCUGGAACGAGAUCAUCACAAUCGAUCACACUCCGCGAAAACUCUGACUGAUUCAAAAUCAAAUGUGCAAGUUGAGAGCUCUUCCAAGAUAUCCGAAUUGCCAGGGAAAAGCGGCGGUCCUUUGCCUCGGGACCGACUACCACCUAUCCAACCGCCUACCACCCUUGUAACGACUAACUUACCUCCUCUACCUUUCCCGACCCCCUCAACCGCCUCCACAGCGACGACGAGAAGGGACCAUAGCUCAAGCUUCUCCUUCUCGGAUUCUAGGGCUGCGCCAUUGAGAGGCGUCGAGGAGACCACGUCUGACCCUCAGUUACCUCCGCUAAAAAGAGCUCGCAUUGGACACGACCGCCUGAAGUCUAUAGGAGAACUCAAACUCCUUCACAACAACGAACCUUGUCUCCGGUGUCGAGCCUCCAACAGACCAUGCGACACAAAUAACCCCUGUUCCCGGUGCUCGGGAAUGUCCUCAUCUGACUUUGAGGGGUAUUGGAGUAUUCUUGGAUGCUACCGUGGAUCAGUCACUUCGCUUGUCGAUGUCUUGCUUCAAGGAUCGUUCGCAUGGUCACAACCUCAAACGCCUCUAACGCCCUCCAAUCCUCGGCGAGGAAGCAUCAAUGACCAUAUACUAGCUCAGAACCCAACUCUGUUAGCCGCAAAAAGGCCCGCCUGGAGACCUGAUUUCCAAGACACAUUCUGGUGGCAAGACGGGGAACCUGGUCUUAGUGAACGAAUUAACCAACCACUAGGGCCUGGGUACCACGAUCAAGGAUCUGCGCCCCCUGUUCUUCAACUUAUCGCAUCUAGCCCAGGUUUUCGGGGCGCUGCUUUCGAUCUCCUCGAACUACUAAGUGUUAGCGGUCACCUUUCAGUAUCUCGAGAAGAGGAACAGACGAUACAUCCCACCCUUUACCGCGCAAAACAAUUGCUACGAGAAAUCAUAUUUUACGAUGCAUCUCAACCGACCCCGCUGCUACGGACUGAGUCCAGUUUUCCACCUCGGACUCCCGUUGAUAGUCGACCUUCUACUGAACGAAACGUGCUUUUGAGGGAAUGCACACGUCGUUACUUAUCCUCCUUGGACUUUGCAGCUUCUAAUCUACCCACAAUGGGUUUAAGACAAUGGUUGGGGGUUUUCAUGUCGAUAUGCAUCUUCAGUGCUGUUGAUACUAUCUUGAUUGACCUCGCCUGGUCCUUCCAGGGCAACGAUCCAUCACAAACUAGCGCAACACCAACGGAACGACCUGAUCAAGUUAUCAGAAGUGUAUAUCAGGUGCUGGUAUCUCUUUUCGCCAUUUCGAAUGACCCUUUUUCAACUGGCCCGGAACCUGAUGACCCAAUUGUCCGUAACAUUGCACGAAUAAUCCGUCGCGAUCAGUGGUCUCCAAGGCAUCUAUUUUCGAGUUUUGAUUUUCUCAUGAACCUCGGCGCAGGAGAGACCCCCACCUACGGAUUCAACGGCUUCGUCCUACCAGGUCGACAAGCCUUGGGAUUCAGGGGUUCUAGAGGUUUACCCCCAACCCAACUCGAUCACACGCCUAGGCAACGUUUUCCGCAGUCUGCGCCAUCCUUGGGCUCGGCGGGUCCGUCGUCACAAUACAUUCCUCAAAGCUCACGAUCAGACUUCCCUCCGCCUGGUCAAUUUGCGUUACCGGGCGAGGCAGCAGGCCGUGCCCGGAGACACACGAUAGGUGACGAUAUGUCACCCUACCCAGAAUCCCGACGGCCUUCCGGUGAACCUAUCUCUCCGUCAAGACUAAAGUCUUCUUCCCGUCGAACUUCUCUACGGCGUGUAUACUGUGAUAAAUGUAACGAACAUCCGGACGGCUUCCGUGGCGACCACGAGUUACGGCGCCAUAUAGACGCUAAGCAUUCAGCUACAGUCAAAAGAUGGGUUUGCAAGGAGCCUAAAAACCAUAUACCUUCGUCACCACAGCCAGUGAUCCCUUUAUCCCGUUGUAAAGCUUGUCUGGCGCAAAAGCGCUAUGGCGCAUACUACAAUGCUGCCGCGCAUCUUCGUCGCGCACAUUUCAGGCCACAUCGAGUGGGCAAGGCCAGUGGCGAUUGGCCAUCUAUGAGUGUCCUGAAGGAUUGGAUGCGAGAAGUACGCCAGUCGGUUGAUGUACCUGAAGAACACAUCUCUAGUGGUGAAGAUGACAUGGACGAGUUCCCGACGCCCGUUGAUUACCGAGAUCCUAUGUCCCAGCAAGCCCCCACGAUUCCCGAAGUCCUCCCCACUGUCUCAGUCUUGGGGCCUUUGCUUUCCUCAAGCUCAAUGGAGCCGUCAAUACCGAUCGAACGAGCCAGUCCAUCUCGACGACCUGCCGAAAAUCGAACCAGGUGCCCUCACCCCGACUGUGGCCGCGAGUUUCGUGACCUGGCCUCUCAUAUGCUCACACAUCAAGAGGAGCGACCAGAAAAGUGCCCUAUCGUAACUUGCGAAUACCACACCAAAGGAUUCGCGCGCAAAUACGAUAAGAAUCGUCACGCCCUGACCCAUUAUCGUGGAUCGAUGGUGUGUCCAUUCUGCCCUGGAGUGGGUAGCCCUUUUGAGAAGGUGUUCACGCGAGCUGAUGUCUUUAAAAGACACCUGACUGCUGCCCACCAAGUCGACCAGACGGGUCACAGCAGUGGCCACCGAUUACCUGGAGGUGAUGAUCCUGUGGGCACAAAAGCGAGGUGUUCUAUUUGCAAAAUUGGGUUCGGUACUGCGCAAGACUUCUAUGAACACCUCGAUGACUGUGUAUUGGGUGUCAUUGUGCCUUCUACGAGUACAUCAACUCAGCAAACCCGAUUACAAGGGUCUCCGCAAUGA